GUUCAGAAUCACUACCAGAAACUUGAAGCUUCCACUCCCUUCUCCACAAUGAACCUCACUGCUACGAAUCAUCGAAUACCUCUAAGUGAUGGGAACAGUAUUCCUGUCAUUGGCCUUGGUACCUACUCAGAUCCUAGACCGGUCCCUAGGGAGACCUAUAAGGCGGUGAAAAUGGCCAUUGAUGAGGGGUACCGGCACCUUGACGGGGCCUACGUCUACCACAAUGAACAUGAAGUUGGUGAGGCCAUCAGAGAAAAGAUAGCAGAAGGGAAGGUGAAGAGAGAAGAGAUUUUCUACUGCGGAAAGCUGUGGUCUACAGAUCACAUCCCCGAAAUGGUCCGCCCAGCCCUGGAAAGGACGCUAAAGGUCCUCCAGCUAGACUACGUGGACCUUUAUAUCAUUGAGUUACCCAUGGCUUUUAAGCCUGGAAAGGAGUUUUAUCCUAAAGACGAAAACGGUCAGUGGGUAUACCACAAAACAGAUCUGUGCGCCACUUGGGAGGCCCUGGAAGCUUGCAAGGAUGCUGGCUUGGUGAAAUCCCUUGGGGUAUCUAAUUUUAACCGCAGGCAGCUGGAGGUCAUCUUGAACAAGCCAGGACUCAAGUACAAGCCAGUCACCAACCAGGUGGAGUGCCACCCCUAUUUCACCCAACCAAAACUCUUGAAAUUUUGCCAGCAGCACGACAUUGUUGUUGUCGCAUACAGCCCUUUGGGGACUUGCCGGAACCCAAUGUGGGUGAAUGUAUCAUCCCCAUCCCUGUUAAAUGACGAGCUUUUAAACUCACUGGGGAAAAAGCACAAUAAGACAGCAGCUCAAAUUGGGUUACGUUUCAACAUCCAGCGAGGAGUGGUUGUCAUUCCCAAAAGCUUUAAUCUCAAAAGGAUCAAAGAAAACUUUCAGGUCUUUGACUUUUCUCUCACUGAAGAAGAAAUGAAGGACAUUGAAGCCUUGAAUAAAAAUGUCCGCUUUGUGGAGCUGCUCAUGUGGAAGAACCAUCCUGAAUACCCAUUUUAUGACGAAUACUGAACACAGACAGUUCUUCAAAACAGUUUUUUUCCCUCAUUCAGGAUCUUGAGCUGGGUAAUCCUCCUCUCCAAAUAUGGAAAUAAAUGGGGUCUGGCUAUCCUCAGAUGAAGCUGAAUAAAACACACCAUGCUUAACUUUUGUGUAGUAUGAACUCAAAUAGGCUCUGAUGAAGAAGAAAAAAAGAUUUAAAUCUGCCUGAAUAGUUCUUUGAAAAAUGCUUUUCUAAUAUUUUUAGAUCAAUGUCUUCUAGGUUUUGAUGGAGAACAUUAAACUUUACUUCAAAAGUGGCAUAUAAGAGCAAAGUCUGACUCAUGAAUAUGAAACUAUCAUAGGAAGUCUGCAUUGCUUAGCCUUUAGCAGGACAACAAAGAAGUUUGUAUCUGGCAUGCUUCCAGGUGCUGACCAUGAUCUUGACCCGGUUUGGGUCAUUGGUUGCAAGAUGACACACCCAAGACAGAAAUCCACAUGCAAAUAAUGAUUAAUGCACCUUGAGUAGAGAGAGAACCAGAAGUCUAGAAAAGUCUUAAAGAAAAAACAUAUAGCAGGUUGGGCAAGGGCUGUUGGGCUCUACUAGAGUGCUUACCUGGCAUGUUGGAGACCCUGGUGAGGGCAGGAAUGGGAAUGAUCAGCAAAGCCAUAAUGAUUUUGUUUUCUCCUUUGUUCCCACCUAGUAUGCCCAAUCAGCUUUUACUAUGCUUGAAGGAUAGAAAGCACUGAUUCUUUCUUCAAUUCUUUCUAGCUCAGGGUUGUGGGGAGUGGAGACUAGGUUUCAUGUAGUCCAGGCUGCCCACAGACAUGCUGUGCAACCAAUACUGGACUUUAAUUCUGAACCCCUGGUCUCUAUUACAUUUUUAAGGGCCUGAGCCACCACAUGACUGGAAAGUCAUACUGUACUCUACUAUAAAUCAUUCUUGCCCAUACUCAUCAAGAAAACCAUUAUGUAAGGUGACUAGAAACAACCAACAGAUACAAUUCAAGCUUUUUGUCAUUAAAUGGCCUAGAGAUGGUGAUUUUGAAUGAAUGAAGUUUUAAAGGAGGAGUUGAGAAAUAUUAGAAGAUAUGGUCUUUAAAAACUACUUUUACAAGGGCUUAAGAAUAUAUUGGGGUAGCUCUCUGAAUUUUGAUGAAGUUGCAAGUUCUAAAAGAAUAUGAAUAAUUUUACUAUAUGUAAAUUUUUGAGAAGCAAAUUAAAUAAUUACAACUGUACCUAUUUUUAAUUUAACUAGAAAAAUAUAGUAUAUUUGUUUAUAUUAGAUCACUUUCAAUGGGUAGAAUUCUUCAAAUAUCAUAUUCUUCCAAUAACAAUAGAUAAAAUUAAAUUGCCCAAAGAGAAACAUUUUUGACAAAUUAUGAGUUAAAAAUGUGAUUUCAUGAACCACUUUUUUUCAGUGUAAAUGUCAACAAUGCUGUUCUGUGGAAAAUAUUUUAUCUACAAUAAUUAAUAAAGUAUGAUGAUUUGCUCUA